CCUCCAUCACCAACACACGCCCACACGAGCGCCCUCCUCACACUGCACCCUGAUACCCCUCGCGCAGCUCCGCCACAAACAUGAGCGGCCAUGGCGAUCCUCGUCUACUCUAUACCAUCGGCGGCAUCAAGGCCUACCACAUCCAGCAGGGCGAGGAGAGUCCCCUGACGCCCUCGGGGCCGCAGACGCUGUCGCUGCUGAUGGUGCCCACCAACUCGCCCUUUGCCGACUUCAGCAACGCACGCGGCCAGAACGAGGCGCCCGAAGAAGACUUUUACCUGCACCUCAAUCUCCCUCCCGAGCUCGACCUGCCCCUCCCCGCGACGACACAGAUCUACCACCAGCCCCCGCGGAGCUACCUGAUACCACGAUGGGACCUGGGCCCCGAGAGCGGCGCCUUUACGCGCAUUGAGUUUCCUCCCAUUGGCAAGGGCUCGAAUUCGGUCACGCAGGAAGACAUCGACACCUUUGAGACCAUCUUGGCACAAUGCACAGCCUUUCUUGAGCGCGCGCAGGCGCCGACGCACGGGAAGGGCAAGGGUGACGUCAAGGCAUACAACCCCCAGGACUACCGGCCCGGCGAGGGCUACGUAGGCAAGAGCGGCAAUGGCGAAGUGGUUCUGGUCGACGAGGAGAAUGGCAGCAUCGUUGGUGAGCUGGCCGAGGGCGCCCAUGUCCAUGCCGACCCAGCCCUGAAGCAGGGUUCUAAGAACCCCGUUGAGAUUGUGGUAUCGCAAGACGGCAAGCGCAUCGACAUUAGACCGCUUGAUGAAGACUACCUCGACAUGGCCCGCCAUCCCGCAUACAAGGACUCUGGCCUGGUGCAGAAUGCCGCUGCAGCAUCGCGGCUCGUUGUUACGGGCUCCAGCUACCUUAGUAACAUGAUGGUAUCUGGUGCGGAGAGCUUCAUCAACAAGACCAAGCCCAACGAGACGCCCAUGGUCUUCAAGCCUGCCACCCAUGAGCGCGUGCGCAAGAUCAACACCUUCACCACUGGCGUUGCUGGCUACUCCGCUAAGACGGUUGGCCAAAUCUCAAAAUACGCCCAAAACGCAGCAGCAGGCAUGACGGGCCACAAGAAGACGAAUGCAAGGAGUGUGAACCCUGACGGUACACCAAACGCAAACUACAAGCCCGGUCUGCUGAACAAGAGCUUAAUCGCCUUCUCAACCGUUGCUGAUGGCAUCACGCACUCUGGCAAGCAGCUUUUGACCAGUGGUGGGGCUGCCGCCAGUGCUGCCGUAGGACACAAGUACGGUGCGGAAGCGGGACAAAUCACGACCAACCUUGCUGGCGGUGUUAAGAACGUUGGCCUCGUGUACAUUGAUGUCACGGGCGUUAGCAGAAAGGCGAUUCUCAAGUCUGUAGCCAAGGGCAUGGUGGUUGGCAAGGUCAAGGACAAGAAGGGCAACGAGCAGACAGUCAUGGUGGGAGGGGGCGAUGGGGGCACGUUUGAGCCCAACAUGAACGGGCAGUAUGGCGCUACCAACAACACACAAGCUCCUCCCCACCAGUCUUCGACACCUACGCCUGGUGGCCAGGUUUCUUUCGGCGGACCGCCACCCAGCUACCGCACGGGCGUUGGAGAGUCGAUUGACCACCAGCCAGCAUACUAUCCCCGAGAGAAGAGGUAGAGGGGCUGGUAGGCUUGCUAUGCCGACAGUUUCACGAAGAAUGAGGUUACGACACUAGGUUUCCAGGACGGUUCAGGAGGUGCUACUGUAUUCCAAACGAUCAUGAUUCAGCGUCGAGGAUGCUUUUUUGCCUAAUGACUUUUGCUUUGCUCUAGAUCUUCAUGUUCUCCACUGUCUAGUAGUCAAUAUCAUGGCCAUUAUAGCCACCAGCAUGCCAAAC